AUGAGGAGAAGGAGAGCUGGCACUCUGCCUUACGAGAUAAAAAUCGUUAUAGCCGGGAAUCACGAACUGACUUUCGAUCAGGAGUUUAUGGCGGACCUGAUAAAGCAGGAUUUCUACUACUUUCCCUCGGCCUCCAAACUCAAGCCAGAGAACUAUGAGAACGUUCAGUCCCUGCUCACCAACUGCAUCUACCUGCAGGACUCUGAUGUUACCGUCAGGGGCUUCCGCAUCUACGGCUCACCGUGGCAGCCAUGGUACUACGGCUGGGGUUUUAAUCUUCAACGAGGACAAGCACUGCUGGACAAGUGGAAUCAGAUUCCAGAUUCCACAGAUAUUCUUCUCACACACUGCCCUCCUCUGGGUUUUUUGGACUGGGUGCCCAGGAAGAUGCAGCGUGUUGGCUGUAUGGAACUGUUGAACACUGUCCAGAGGAGAGUUCAGCCCAAACUACAUGUAUUUGGGCACAUUCAUGAAGGUUACGGUAUGAUGAAAGAUGGAACCACCACGUUCAUUAAUGCCUCGGCGUGCACGGUGAACUUCCAGCCUAUGAACCUGCCCAUCGUUUUCGACUUGCCCAAUCCCAGGAGCUCAUGAUUGAACUGGGAUCCGCCCCCCACCCCCUUCUUUCAAUCAGGGUCCCAUUUUGAGCGUGUACGGAUGCUGCGUAGUGUAUAUAGAGUGGACGAGAGAUGCUAAUUUGGAUAUUCGCAAGGAUAUUUCCAUUCAUUUUUGUGACGUAUGCCACGCUCAGACACAAGAUAGUGGCGCUCGCCUCCCUGACAUGGAUGUUUGUACUGUUUUCUGAAUUUGACUCUUGCGUUGCACUUGAAUCGGCAUGACAAUCGCGUGUACUUAAAGUCAUGGAAGCCAAUCGGUGCUCGAGAUGAUGGGAAGCCAAGCUUUCUUCUCAUUGGCUGGCACUUAUUUAAGGAACUUUGUAACCUUGUAGCCUCAAUGGACAUCUGACUUGGAAAAAAACUUUUUUCUUUUGCUCUGGAUCCACUCUUGAAAGUUACAGGAUAUGCCCAGAGGAAACACUGCGCUAUGGUGCAAACAAGUUUGUUCAGGGUCUUUACCAUUUCUAACUUUCUCUCUCUCUCUCUCUCUCUCUCUCUCUCUUUCUCUGUGUCUCAGUCUCUCAUCCUACUUUUUCCUAUCUGCUCUGCUGUUAUAUGUUGCUCUUUUGAACUUGGGGCCAUGUUGGG